UCUGCCAUGAAAGAACCUUCUCUCUCUCGUUUCCACAAGAAACCUACCUCCAAACUGAAGCUGGUUUGUAGUUUCAACGGAGGAUUCGACGUCAGACCGCCGUCCAACAAGCUCCGCUACAUUGGCGGAGAGACCCGUAUAGUCUCUGUCGAUCGAAAUAUUUCUUUCUCCAAACUCCGUUUAACGAUUUCAGAUAUAUGCCCCAACAUUCGCUCCUUCACCCUCAGGUACCAACUUCCUUUGACCGGCCGUUCGUGUAAAGACACAGAGGAUGACGACGACAUGCCUCUGGUGUUGAUCGCGUCGGACGAUGACGUCAAGUGCAUGGUUGAUGAGUAUGAUAAACUGGAACUAUACGGUGAGCAUGCGAGGCUUUGGGUUUUCGUUUGCAGUCAAAUUGAAUGUGGUAGUAAUUUUAGGGUUAAGAAAGAAAGUAAUGAAGAUUUGUUAAGGAAAACGGUUUUGAAACAACACUUAUUUGCAAAACAAACUAAAAAGGAUUAUGAGCAUCAAUGUAUGGAUUCGCAUUUAAAUUCCCAACCGCAUUUUUCAACUUUACAUACUGGUCUUUAUGGAGAUAAAAUUUUAUUGUUUAAUAGAGUGGGAAACGAGCGUUUGAAUCUGUUGAACCUGAGGGAUGUAAAUCUACGAGUGGAAACGCAUGAUCCAAUGGAACUUUUAGUGGGGCGGUCUAGUUCUGGUUUGUGUUAUGGGGGUGGGAGUAAAACUGGGAACACGGGUCAGCCUUCACUACCUUCAAAGGAAGCGUAUGGUUGUGGUGUGGUUUCUACGUGUAAUGGUUUUGAUGGUAAGCAUUUUAAUGGUAAGGGGCAGGUGUUAGCUAGUAAUAUCAAUAGGGAAAACAUUAUGCCUUGGGCUGUGAAUUGUGGUUCAGUGAAAACUCACUUGCCAUCAAAUUGUAACAAUCAGCACGCUGGGAGUAUCUAUCCUCGGAAACCUCUCUAUUUUGGUGACCGGUUUUCAGGUUCUUGUCAUAAUGGAAUCCAGAACCAUAGGCUUGGUGCUUAUGAUUCUGGAAAUCAUCGAAACUAUCCUUACCGUGUGAAAAAUCAUAGGAACAAUUUUGUUGAGGCAGAGAAUUAUAGAGGUGUUAGACUUGAUAGUAUGGUGGGGACGUGCUAUCUUGGGAUCAAGCCAUAUUCAAACAUCCUAGAUCAACGGCAGUCUAUGGGAUUAAAUGAUUCCAGUUUGUUGAAGCCUUCGCCAGGUUUGGCAGAGCAUGCAUCAGAUGGAAGGAUGAGCAUGAUGGCUCCUUGUUUAAACAAAGACAUCUAUCCUUUGGACAUUCAAUAUGGUAAGGCAACUUUUAGGGAGCAGGGUGACCCUGUAAUUUUACAGUAUGGAAAUUCAAAUACGCUGGAUAGUCAUUUAACUUGUCAUGAGUUGUGUAGUGGUGUGGCUAAUCAAUCUUUCCCGACCUCUGAUACUGUUAGGAUUCCAUCAUCAUGUGUAAGGGAGAUUAAACCUUGGGAAGAUCUAUUGACUGGCUCUGAGUUUGAGGAGAACGAAGCUCUAUAUGACAGUCUCCAUGAGAAUAUUCAUGGAAUGUCCACCAAUUAUGCAUCCAAUCAUAGUGAUCUAGAGACUGAAAAACUUCUGGUUGGCUCACUGGAGAAUGCUAAUAUCUCUGGUCCUUCAAAUGAAAUGGACCAUAGAAAUGGAGCAACAUUAAGUUGCAGCUUGACAAAUGGCACUAAAAAUUUGCAAGGCAGAAUUGCAUCUUCGAUGGAUUUUUUGUGUAACCUCUCAUUGUCAUCAUCCAAAGAAAUUGAUACUUUCCGGAAUUCUUCUGUUUCUGGCAAUGUUGUCUCUGAUGUCUUGUUGAAAUCUCAAUCAAAGCCUUUAGAUCCUGUGGAUAAAGGAAUAUUAAGUGCAGGCGCUGUAGUUGAUGAAUCAAACAGAGUCAGAUUUAGUUUUUUGCAGAAUGCGGCUAAAGCAAGAAGAGUUUAUGUGCAUGGAGAAGAAGUUCAAAAGGAUCUUGGUUUGUGCCCUGAAGGAAAGGGUGACACCAAAGUGAGUUAUGAAUUUCCAAAGAUAAUUGGUGGAUUCUCCAGUGACUUGACAGCGUUCUUCGCGCAUUCAACGGCUGGAGAGCUGCAGACUAUAAAAUACUCUGAUCUUGAAUAUAUAAAAGAACUUGGAUCGGGUACAUUUGGAACUGUUUUUUAUGGAAAAUGGAGGGGUUCUGAUGUUGCCAUUAAAAGGAUGAAACCAAACUGCUUCACUGAAGAUUUAUUGGAGGAGGAUCAGCUGGUUUCAGAUUUUUGGAGGGAAGCUCACAUGCUUGGUCAGCUUCACCAUCCAAAUAUUGUGGCCUUAUAUGGUGUAGUUACUGAUGAGGCAGAGACAAAUUUUGCAACAGUGACAGAAUACAUGGUACAUGGCUCCCUAAAACAAGUUUUGCAAAGGAAAGAUCGAACAAUUGAUCGUCGGAAGAGAUUAAUUAUAGCAAUGGAUGCAGCCUUUGGUAUGGAAUAUCUACAUGAGAAGAACAUUGUCCAUUUGGAUCUGAAGUCUCACAAUUUCCUUGUGAACAUGAGGGAUCCGCAAAGACCAGUAUGCAAGAUUGGUGAUCUGGGCUUAUCACAAAUUAAGCAAAAGAGCAACCUAGUAACAGAAAAGAUUGACGUGUACUCAUUUGGAGUAGUCAUGUGGGAACUCUUAACUGGGGAGGAACUUUAUGCAAACUUGCAUUCAGAGGAAAUAAUAGCUGGCAUAAUUAAAGGCACUCUCCGACCUAAAAUUCCAAACUGGUGUGAUCCAAGUUGGAGAUCAUUGAUGGAAAGGUGCUGGUCAUCAGAUCCAAACUCUAGGCCAGCCUUCUCAGAGAUUUCAAAGGAGCUACGUGCCAUGGCAGUAGCCAUGAACGUUAAAUGAUCCAAAGGCUGAUCCACAGGGCAACUUAUCAGUCUUUUUGUGUAAAUAUCUUAGACUACUAGGAAAAGGGCAUUCUCAGACAGGUUUAGAUUUGCCAAUCAGUGUUGUUGUGUAAUGAUAUAUCAUAAGAAAUAAGUGAUGUCCAGGUGAACUUUAUUUUUGCAGUCAUCGAUGUCAUACAGCUAGUGUGCAGAGUAUACAGAAGUGAAUCUAUUUGAAAGUUGUGCAGCUCAGCCAUAAUUUUGGCUAUGCUCAAGGAUCAGGCUAAGCCUUGAGUUAACUGUCUGUAAAUUUUUGGGGAAAUUUAGAAGACAAAAAGUGGUUAAGUGUCUUCUAGAUUAUCUGAAACAAUUUCUUCUUUCAUAGAUGUAUAAUAGUUAUCUGCAACAUUUUCAUUGU